UGCUUGUAGACAAAACCCUAGCCCCUUUCCUGAUUCAAACAAACAAAAACAUCUUUUGCUCCGACACCCCCCGAAGUUUCCACAUCCGAACCCUAACCCAACACUCCCUGUCUACUUUCCUAGUCUAGUUUUUACUUCCUUUUUCUUUUUCUUUUUAACCAACAGUCGUUUCCGUUUCAGUAGUUUCAGCUUCAGUUUCAAUUUCAAUUUCUCAGAAAAUCUUUUCACAAAUUCAUUGAAUUUUAAGUGGGUUUCACGAGAUAGUUUCUCUGGGUUUUUCACAAUGGAAGUCGCACAAUCUUUCACCUCUGAUUUGGGUUUUUUGCAGAGAAAGAUGACGCCUUUUCUUGCUGAAGCUGUGAUUUCUGAAACCUUUGUGGCUGUUCAUAGAUCCCUUGCGUUCCUUCUCAUGAUGAUAGGACCUCUUCUGAACGAUGUAGUUACAUCAAGGUUUCUUUUCUCUGAGCUUCACAAGAGGGACAAGACUGAACCUGAAGCUAAAGAAGGGAGUGAUGAUGAUGAUGAUGAUGAAAAAGAUGAUGAUGGUGAUGAUGAUGAUGAUGCAGAGGGGGCAGAUGAUGAUGCUGGAGAUGAAGAUUUCUCAGGAGAAGAAGGGGGAGAGGAUGAUGAUGAUGAAGAAGAAGACCCUAGUGAAGAUCCUAAGGCAAAUGGUAAUCAAGAUGAUGAUGAUGAUGACGAUGAUGAUGAUGAUGAUGAUGAUGAAGAGGGAAAUGAUGAUGAUGAUGAUGAUGAGGAGGAGGAGGAAGAAGAGGAGGAAGAUGAUGAUGAAGAAGAACAACCACCUGCUAAGAAGAGAAAGUAAAGUAUUUGGUAGAAAGGAUAAGUUUUUUUAGGUAUGUCUUGUGGGAUUUCAAAGUGUAGGAUUUUUAAUUUAACUAUCUAAUGAUUGUGAUCUCAUGUUUUAUUGUCAUGAACUGAUUGGUUUGCAUAUAUUUAAUAUUCCCUUGAUGAAUAAUCUUGGGAUUUGUGUGUUUUAGAGAAGA